UUUUAGGAUGCGGCUCAAGCGCCCGUGCGCGACGCGCCGCACAGCUCUCGAAAUAACGAAAAACAUGUAGCAUCGCUGUCACAAAUCAUCACCAUGACCAUUACGGGGCCAACAAGGCGCAGGAGGCAGCCACCACCCAAAGCUCAUCCUGGGACUAAGAUCACAAAAAUGAUAGAAUAUGUCUUAGCCAAAAAAGGCGUCGUGCGCAACACCCCGAGGGAGUUCCACAACGUCAUGAGCCAUUUGCAGCUCCAAGGCGCUCCUCAAGUGUUCGGGCGCGGCUUCGGCGGCGAGCUGUACGCGGCCGCCGCCCCCUUGCAAAAUAAUAACGCUGCGCCUGCGGUUGCAGGCGUGCUCACGUUCCUCGAGCAUCGACUGGCCCAGGUCUCGGGCACCGACGAGACCGCGCUGAGCCCCGCGCCUGCGCCUGCGGCCGCUGCCCGAGCCUACGUCCCCCCGGCCACGGCCUAUCGGCGUCAAAGCCUCGGGGGCGUCAACGCGCCGCCCCGGACGGGCGGCGCCGCGGGCUCGAAGAAAAAACGCAAGCGCGUGGUGGCGGAGUAUCCCGACGGGACCUUGGAGCCGCCGCCUGCGCGUCGCGGCCGUCCUCCGAGGCUCCAGAUAGAGCCGACGGCGCUCGCGGCCCUGGAGACGUCGAGCGCCGCGGCGCCCGCCGUCGCCGUGGCGGCCUGGCGGUCGCUCACCCGAACCAUGGCCGACGAGUUCAUCUGCAAGGCGGUGUCGAGGGACUGGUGCAAGGCGCGCGCCGCUGCGGAGGCCGUGGUCUACUUUAGAAAGCUCGGCGUCGUGCUGCCUCAGGCCGCGAUGGAGACGCACCUCGAGGCGGCGCGCCAGAACAAGCAGUUAUUCCUCAAGCGCAUGCGCCGGUCGAUAAAGCAAGCGCGGCAGUUCUACAACGCGCACGCCGAGGCGUCGCAGGGCUGGCUGCCCGUCGUACCGCGGGACCUCCCCAUCGUCGACUUCCGGCGACAGUACCUCGGGUUAAAACCUGCCAUCGCUGCCGGUACUGCCGUGAUUUUGAAGUCUCGCCGCGCCGCGCCGCGUUCGCUCGUCGAGUCGCUGGAGGAGGCGCUGACGCUGGGACGGCGCCCGAUUCCGGCUCGUUAUUUGAGAGAGGUCUACGACUUCAUGGCCCAGCACAAGCUCGCGAACAAAGCGGCGGCCGCGAUCUUGAGGCAGGAACGCAGUGAGACGGGCAUCACGUAUUCCCCGACGUGGUGCCUGCGCGCCGUGGCGACCUACGACUUAGCCGUGGUCCAGGAGCUCCGCCGGCUUAUUGAGGGCAUGAAUUCCAUGUAUGUAAUUCACGACGGCGGGCGAGUGCCUCGCGUUGCAGUCAAAGGUCUUUUAAAUGAGUUUGUACCGGUACGCCAUCGACGCGGCGCCGCGUCCCCGCCGUCCGCGCGACGGCGGGGGCGCGGCGCAUGACCGGUCGCCCCCGCGCAGGUCGACGACGCUCGCGUCCUCCGGAUUCCGCGUCAAAUUCGCGGCGCUGUUCUUCGGCGGUCGGCUGGUCGGCGAGCGGCCGCCGCGCUGUGCGAUGGCGUGGGCCGGCGCCGACGCCGCGUCGCACGAGGCGGCUUCGCUGGCGCGGGCGGCGCAACACGUGCCGAGCGGCUUCUACCUCGAGGCGCCGAAGUCGAGGGCCAAGGGGGGCUAUUCGUUUUUUCAAGAAAUGUUUGCGCUGGACCCGGAGCUGGACGCGCGCGUCGCCUCGAGUCUACGGAUGAUCAACGCGAGCAACCCUUGGCGGAAUUUGCCGAGGGACGACCCGCGCAUCCUCUCCGCUUAUGCGGACGAGGCGGCUGCGGCGGCGGCUCUCGCGGAGCGACGGCGGGACUACGAUGCGGCCUUCGAAACCGCGCUGGAGGCCGAGGGAACGGCGACGGAGCUCGAGCGGACGAGUUUGUUGCCGGGCGCGCCGGCUGCGCGCCAGACGCCGACCGCCGCUGUUUUGUACGAGACCGCCUUCGGCGAGCGACAGCCGGGCGUCGGGCUGCACGCGUCGGUCGAGCACCUGCGUGCGCGGUGGGCGUCGGAUGAGGCGGACGCCGCCGCCGUCGCCGCGUGCCACGCCGAGGCGGCGCGCUUGGCGGAGGAGCGCGUCGACUCGCAGCGGGCCCUUUUGACGGACUCCACCGGUGGCUACGUGGGGCCUCGCGGCCACCUUACCUUCGACGUCCCCCUGGACGACACUAAUGAUUUGCGGCGCGCGGCCGGCCUCGAACCCCUCGACCCGCCGCCGCCCCGGCCGCGGCGCAUGAACCUGUCGCUGAAUCUAGAUUCGUGGAGGAUGGCGCUCGUCCGCGACGCCGACUCCGACUCCGACGCGGCGCCGGCGGCGCCAGAGUCUCCCACGGAGACGCGGAGGGGCCGACAGGUCCGACGACGGGGAAUCUACGACAACUCCGAAAAUUGAACGACCCUCUUAUUCUGGGAGCGUGUUUGUAGUCUUGGUGUAAGAUUGUUACUUGGAA